CUACGGACUACACUCCCUCGCUUCCCUAUAUAUAAGAGUCGCAAUAUCAUAGUGAAGCCAUUAAGCUUCCAUUAAUUCUUAUUCUUACAAAUUAAAAUCAGAGAAGAUCCAUGGCCAUGGGGAAGGGAAAGUCCAAAAUUCUGAUGAAGAAGAUCGAGUUUUUACCGGCCCGAAACGUCUGCUUCUCCAAACGCAAAAAGGGGCUGUUCAAGAAGGCAGAUGAACUCUGCAGCCUAUUCCCGGGAGUCAAAAUUGCGGCGGUCCUCUUCUCUCCCGCCGGAAACCCUUACAUGUACGGAGACCCAGCAGGUAUUCUCGAGACGGCGGGCGAGAGUGAAAAGAGAACCGGAUUAGUGGGUAAAGUGUCGCAGCGGGAGGGCGGCGGUCCUCUUUCUGCUCGGUUUUCUUCGCCCAUGUCCGGUGAUCCGGGCGAGAAUACUGCUUGGAACAGCGGCGGACCGUUGGCUGACGAAGUUAUCGAAUCAGUGAUCCGAGAGGUGCAGCAGAGGCAACUGCAGGGAGGGUGUCCUGUUAAUUUUCCUCCGCAAUAUCCUUCGCCGUCCUCUGUUCCGGCUGGGGGCGGUGGCCAUGUUAUUUGUGAACCCUGCUGCUACUCGCCAAUUGAGAAGGAGACACUCGAUACUCUUUGGGAAGAUGAUUGGCUAAUUAGUGGAGAAGACAUUGGAUCAAUGAUCCGGGAGUUGCAGGCGGAGCAGGGCGGCGGUCCUGCUUUUCCAGAAUAUGGACCGUAAAUAUGUAUAUCCUGGUUCGAACUUUGAGAAUGUUACUAGUUUAUGAUUUAAUUCUUGCUUUAAUUUGGUGUAUUUUUAUUGAUUUUUUGUUGAUUAUAAAAUGGUUUCUUGUACUCCGUAUUUUAAGGAUGUUUUUACUUGGACUGUCCAAAUAAAAAUAACAUCCUAAUUAGUAAGUUUUGAAUCAAUAUUUAAUAUUUAUCGAAU